GAUUUGGUGCAAGAUAUGCUGGAUCUUGGAAAUUAUCCUCGUAUUCAAAGCAAGCAGCCGGGAAAUACAUUACAUCAAUACAAAGACCCUCCUGCUCAUUUUGCGUUUCCAUCACCAUAUCAACCAGAAAUGCAGCAUCUAACACCUUAUAAUCAGAUACCAGCCCUGGUGCCUAUGGAGAAGCUGCGUCUAUCCACGGAUAACUCGAUUUGGGAACGGAUGGAGCAACUGGAAAUGUUGAUAGACAUUUUUCCUGAAUGCGACCGAUCAUACCUGAGAAAGAAAUGCGAUGAAUGCAACGGGUGUGCUACAACUCUAAUGGAUUUGGUGCAAGAUAUGCUGGAUCUUGAAAAUUAUCCUCGUAUUCAAAGCAAGCAGCCGGGAAAUACAUUACAUCAAUACAAAGACCCUCCUGUUCAUUUUGCGUUUCCAUCACCAUAUCAACCAGAAAUGCAGCAUCUAACACCUUAUAAUCAGAAUUUUCAGGCCACAACUGGCUUCCCAGAGGAUAUUACAUUACCUGGAAUUCGCCCCCCAAGUUACAAUUUGAACGAUCCCGAGAAGGCUCAUCCUUGCUUCCCCAGUCACUGGGAGCCAAUGCCAAAUGACAAGCUGGUAAUGAUGGUCGCUCUGGAUGAGUCCUCCGAUGAGUACAAGAGGGUGGCCGGGUACCUUCCCCAAAAACUCGAAGUCCAUCGCAUCGAGAGGGUCCAGAAUCCGUACUUUUGGGAGAUGUACCAGAAUUGCCGGGAACUCUUCCUCAGGCACCACGAUCGGGAUUUGGAGAAGUUGAACGAGAGGUACCUAUGGCAUGGUACAAGGCACGAAAACGUCCCGGAUAUUUGCGCCAAAAAUCUGGAUUGGCGAUAUCAUGGAAGAUGCGGUGCCCAGGCAUACGGACAGGGGACAUACUUCUCCCACACUCCCCAUGUUUCUCUUAAGUACGCCCCACCUUCAGCUUCACUUCAUGGGGGGAGAUGCUUGCUUCUAGUGAGAGUUUUGGUCGGGAAAUGCGCUGGAGGACAUGCCUUAAUGAAGAUGCCUCCAAGUGGCUGCGACACAACAGUUAAUAAUGUCAGCUAUCCCAGCAUAUUUGUGAAGUACCACGAUCAAGAGAUCUAUCCCGAAUAUGUCCUCGUUGUUAAAAACCGAUCGCGCGUGGCAGAGCGAAGAAAUGAACCUUAUGAAGUGAAGACGAACAGCGGGAUGUUAAACGAGGAAGAUCUCAGCCGUGUCCAGGGUGGGGCUUCGAGGUUCGGCGGCACGUUCCUAUAG